AUGAUACACGCGUGUGUUAUUGGCUUGUGGCAGUGAAUCAGCUGUCACUGCUAUUGCAGUGCAGUGUCGUGUUAAUGAACUUUUGUGCAAUCUACACGAGGCGUAUAAACGUGUAGGAAAAGUUAAGUGAUUGGGAUGAAAGUAAUGUAGUGUGUGGUGUUAUUCAGCUGCUUAUUUGGAAGGCCGCCAAAAUUGUCAAAUACUGUGGAAGUCGUAAGUUCAAGCUAGAAACUAUGUGGGAGCAUCUAGAACCAGGAAGUUCUCCUGUGGACUGGUGUGAGGGCAACUACUUGAUUUCGCCUGUUAUUGCCGAGUUUGUUAACACAUUCAGCAAUGUUCUGUUCUUCCUGUUGCCUCCUGUACUGAUGCAUCUGUUCCGAGAAUAUGGGCGUUUUGUUAAUCCAGCCAUCCAUGUGAUCUGGAUCUUGCUGAUGGUGGUGGGGAUGAGUUCCGCAUAUUUUCAUGCUACACUGAGCCUCAUUGGUCAACUUCUGGAUGAAUUAGCUAUUCUGUGGGUCUUCAUGGCUGCCUUCUCCAUGUUUUUCCCAAGAAGAUUUUUCCCUUACUGGUUUCAAAAUGACAGGAAGCUGUUCAGUAUGGCUGCUGUAGUUUUAGCAAUUGUUGCUACAGGAUUGGCUGUUUUACAUCCAGCUGCCAAUGCAUUUGCUCUCAUGACUUUAGGACUGCCUGCAUUCUUUCUUUUGAUUCAUGAGCUUAAACGGUGUCGAUGCAGUCGUGUGUACCGUCUUGGAAUUCGUUGUGCUGCCAUAUGGUUACUGGCUGUAACUUGCUGGAUUAAUGAUCGCUUAUUCUGUGAUGCGUGGUCAGCCAUAAACUUUCCAUACCUACAUGCAUUUUGGCAUGUGUUCAUCUUCAUUGCCUCAUAUACAGCAUGCGUACUGUUUGCCUACUUCUCUGUUAAGGAUGAACAACCACAUCAAACACCAGUUCUCAAGUACUGGCCUCGUGACAACUUUGAGCUGGGGAUUCCAUAUGUAACAAUACGCUGCUACUACAAAUCUGACAGUAACCAGAUAUAACUUCACAAUUAUGAUCUGAUGCACAAGGAGUCUCGUUUGCAUGCAUGUCCUCGAUAUAUAAUUGUAUUUGUAAUGUCAAUGGACAUUUGUUUUCUCAUUUAAACCUUUGCUCUUUCAAAUGUACAAGCAUGUAGUAAAAUCAAAAGGUUCCUGCUCAUUCUAAUGUCAUAAAGUCAUUUAAAAUUUAAGUACCUGAAUAAUACCUGGAUUGCUAGCAACAUGCAUUAGUGCUUCAGGUGGAAGGGACAAAGGGUUAAUCACAUAAUCAUAUAUAGCAUGAGAGUAAAUUUCUAUUUACCAGUACAUCGAUUCUUGAGAACUAGUUUAUAUGCCACAUUCACUGUUUAAAAAUUGGGACAGUAGCAUAGUUUAAUUAUUCCCAUGAUGGGAACAUUUAAUUUUCUAGAGGAAAAUGAAAUGAAUUGUAAUAUUUGAAGUAAAUAUCACUCAGUAGAAUUAUUUUAUAUGUGUAUAUCUGAAUACUGGUUAGAUACUUAUAUCCUGAGAGUCUUAUGAGGGUAUGAGUGUUUAAAUUUAAUUUUAUACUUCAUUGCUUGUCAGUUACUUUUAAGAGUCCCUACCAACCCUAUUAAUUUAAGUGUAGUAAAAGAGAUUUUGGUUUCCACCAUUCUAAGUUCCAGUAUACAUUUCUAAUCUGAAUCAGUUUGUAUUCUUCAGUUGGAAUACAAAAUUAUUGCAUUAUUGCUAAACUGUGUAUGUAAUAAGAAAAAACUAAAUGCAGGAAAUGGAAAUACAAGAAUCCAUCUUUAAAGGAAAUUAUGCUACUAUUCAUUGAAGAGGUAAGAGUUAGGAAUAUACUUUAAUAUUUUUAGUUGCCCUUUGCCCUGCACAGACAGGAGAAAGCUGUUGCAUAAUGAAACCUGUGUAAGAGAGUUGUCUGACAAUGUUAACAUUUUUGGGUUAGCAUCAUUUUAAAUGGGAGAACAUGAUUACAUAUUUUAUGAAUACUCAGCUACAAGAUUUUUGUAUUAACUAAGUUAAAGAAUUAAUUUUCCUCUUUUGACAGUGAAUUUUUUCUAUAAAAAUAUAGUUGUGUGUUUUGCCACCUUUGAAUAACGCUGUUGUGUUUUGUUUCCUCCUUCAUUUUUAUGUUUGUUUUUUAUACUGUAUAUUUGUUUUCAUUUGUACUGAUCACUUCAAAUUAAUUAAUGUUUAUUAAAAUAUAAAUGUGUUUAUGUAUGCUGUAAACAGGAUGAAUCAAAACUGCAGAACCCACAAGAGAUGUCUUAAUAUGUAGCUCCAGCCUGUCAUCUGGAAAUAUUCACAGAAUAUGUUGAAUGAGACAUCCUCCUUCAUUGUUACAGAAAUUUAUUUGAUAAAGUUAUUGAUAUAUUCUCUUUCAGUAAGAGUAGGCACAUUCAUACUUCUUAUUGCGUCUUCUCAGUCACAGAAAGUUUUCUCCAGUGAUAUCUCUUCUGUGCAUUUUCCAUCAUGUUAGUUUUGUGAGGAUUCUUUGCAUAUGCAUUGUGUUUUAAAUAUCCUCAGUUUGGGGAAGACAGGUCUGAAGAUUGUUAUGCUCAUAAAUCCUUUGAAACUAUUUUUGCCACCACAUAAUUUAGCUCUUACUGCACAAUUACUGGGAGAGGAGUGAAGAGUAGAAGUUAUCGGGCUGCUGUGUACAUGCUUGGCUUUGUUCUGCCAUACAAAAGAAACACAUGCAGUACCUGUAGUAAUAUAUCUAACAAUACUAGUAUAAAAAAAAUCCUCUGGGUAUGGUAUAUCUACCAUAUUUUACUGUGAUCCUUUUCACAGCAAGAGGUGGGGAAUUUAGGAUUUGAGAAAGCUGAUAGGGGGUCACAGUAUCAGUAUUUUUAUAGGAAAGGGGACAAAGUAUGUGCUGAUAUGAAGCAGCACACCACAUUCUCAACUUUUCUGAAUGUAUGGCACAUCACGUGGCUUGUUGCUUCCGUACUAUUUUGAUAGUUAACAUAGUCACAUAAGUGAAACCAUUGUCCAAAAUGGUAUCAUUUUGUACCUGCUGAAAGCACUGACAGUGACAUUCUUUUUACUUUAUCUGGUGCUUUAGGUUCAUUUACUAUAUCGUCACAUUUCCGGGUAUCCGUGACAAAUAAUUACUAGGUUGCGGCUUUAGACGAAGCUGUUUAUUGGAGAAUUACACCAGGUGGAAAUACAGACAGUCAUCACACAUGAUAAUUAUAACACUUCAUAACUGUGAACAAUGAUCACACACUGAUGUUCCUUGUAACUACACCACAUGAAGGCAACUGUCAGUUCUCCUCUUGCUUCUCUCGCUGAUCACUGAUCUGAUCUCCACCCUGGUCUUCUCCCAUAUCGAUGUCUUCCUGUCGAAUCUCCUUGAACAAUUUUCGCUGUUCCCUAUCUAGGCUCGGCAUGGACCACCCACAGAAAACACAUUGCUGCUCAGGAAUGGAUAUCAUGUAUUGUAGUCAGGCAUGUCCACCCAUGCAUUGCGUGGCAAUGGAUGCCUUACUGUUGCACAUUCGUUGCUGUGAUGUGUGUUUACUGGUCUGUUACCUAGCACUAGAUGCCCUUCUGUUACUGGAGGCUCGUUGGUUGGAACAUGUUUACAUAUCCGUCUCCUAGAAACGGCCCAAUCUGUCACAAUAUGAAUCCAGUAUGCACAAAAUUUUAAGCACUUUAUAUGUCUUUGUGCAUUUUCAUAGCUUAAUUCAGCUUGCUGACAGGGUGUUCUGACUGAUUUUCUUGAUGACUGCAGUAGACACUGUUGAACUUUGUUUAUUAUUUCAUCUCUGAAGGGUUUGAAGGGCAGCCAGAUUGUUUCUUGUCUUUGAUGCUACCUUUUUUACAGAAAUGACUAUUUGAAUAACUGUUUUGUUUUCUUUAUAAAAAGUUGGCCAACAGUAGUAUUGGUUGCAUAACUUCAGAUCUCCCCCAUUUACCUAAUUUUAGUACUAUUUAUAUAUUGUCACAUACUUAGUGACUAGACAUGGGCUUUGGAUUGGGAAUAUUUUUUAUUGGAUUCUUCAGACUCAUAACUACAAUUAAUUAUAGCACUCUGACUAAUUUAUACACACUAGAGUUCACUACAGCUUACAUUAAGUCUGUAUUAUAUUACAGCACUGAAUCUGUAAUUAUUGAUUUUAGUUUAAUAGGCAAUUCAUUUUAAUUUAACUAAUAUCUUUCAAGGAAUGCAUUCCUUUCACGAAACCAGUGGGUGCUAUUCAGUGCCUCAAAUUAAAUAGAAGGAAGUGGAAUGAUUUAUGCAUCAGUCAAGAUCAGACGUCAGUGUGUCAGCCUUAAUUAAAUAUAAUAUAUACAUGCACGUGCACACACAGACACAUACACACCACACACACACAGAAAUAGGACAGUGAGAGAUCUGAAAUAAAAUUACUUCCUGCACAGUAGUUUAAAGAUUCCAGACAUUAGAAGCUGUUAUAAUAUUAAUUAAUGUAUUCAUUGCAACAUUCUUUUAUCAGCCUGUUUUCAUCUCUUUAGGAAAUCAAGUAGGGGUAUUAGAUCAACGUAAUGUCUUUUAUGUCCCUGCCUUUCGUUUAUGAAAUAUGGUAUGAAUAUCAUGCCACUGGAGGCCAAAUGAAUGUCAUGCUUUUUACACCUCUGAAAUCUGUAAUAAAUACAUGAUCGACAGUGAACUUGUGAGGCAGUUUAUGGUAAUACAUCUUCAAAAAAUGUGCAAUUUUUAUUAAGGUAAUUUUGGUAGACUGUAAAAUACCAAUAUGGUGACAUGAGAAUAUUUUGUUUAGCAUUCACUUUGAUAGUGAUAAUUAAUGAACUAUUGGACUAGGCAUGUGAAAUAUGGUACAGACAUAGAUUAUAAACAUAGUUACACGUUAUAUAUAAAAUAUUGUUUAUAGGUCAGUAUUACAAAUAUAGCAAAGCUUUGAGAUUAUAUCUGACAAAUUUUGCAUGAACUGAAUAUGUACUUAAAUAAUAAAUAAAAUGGAAUGAUAUUAAUAAUAGUGAUAGAAAAGUAGGACUAGAAAUCCAUGCAAUAGGAGAAUAGGCUUUGUAAGUUCUUGCAUGCAAAUUGAUGUUAUAAUUCCAUAGUUAAGAAGGUGAAACUCUCUUAUAGAAUAAAAUGUUAAUACCAUCCAGUGUGAUUCAAGUUGUAGAUAUUUAUUGCCUUUACGUGUUUCGGUCAGCUGACCAUCUUCAGAAGGCAUAAGACCAACAUGUUCAGGAACUACUAUUACAAAGUUUGUAAUACAUACUUAGAAGUUUUAUAUAAUAAUUUUUUUACAGUUAUUUGAAUUUAUUAAUGUCUAAUAUUUAAAAUCUUGGACCGAUAUUGUUUGUGUCCUUGUGCCUCUUCUGUUAAAAUGGCAUAUUGGGGUAUUAUUUGGAGUCCUCAAAGGUCCUCACAGUGAUCCCCCCCCCCAGCUUGUUAUGGUUCUGCAAUUAUAUUAUGGGUAUUAUAUAUAUAUACUCUCAUUGUAUUUCUGUAACCCCAAAUUUAUUUGAAAUUUAUCUUAUGCAUUCCUACCUGUAUCGUUGUGAUGUCUAGCUGUUUCUUUUGCUGUGUUUUGCAGCACUCUUUUGUCAUGUGCUGUGUAGCAUAUUUAUACCCUUGUUCCCUGCGAUGCUCCUGUGAGCAUGUACUCAUGUCUUAUCACAAUGUCAAACAUACUAUUCUGGUUAUAGUUUUUUUUGUUCUUCUAUAAUUUAUUAAGUUGUUUAAAUUGAUAAAUAUAGUAAUUUCCUUUAUAUUCAUGAUAUUGUCUUUUCUAGCAUGUUAGAUCAUUUCCACAAUCUGUUCCAUAGGCCUGUAUUGGUGACCUUUACCUAAUAUGUGGUGGGAAAAAGCCGAUUCUUCUCUAUUAUGCCUCGUGUUUCUAAUGUUCGUUGUAUCUUGUUGUUAAGUUCUGGCCUGUUUACCUGAUAUAUAAUUUAUGACAGCUCUAGCAGGUCAUUUUGUAUAUGCUGCUUUGCUUGUAUGUAUUCAUUGUACGCACAUCCUUAAACAACUCUGUAUUAUUAUUAUUAUUAUUAUUAUUAUUAUUAUUAUUGGAGAAGGUGGGUUUCCC